UCAAGAAAACAGUUGACUUUGAAACCCUACUUCCAAAGCAAACGACGUCGUUAGGGUUUCUCAUUGUUUUGGUACGCAAGCAUGUGAUCUUUCGCCUCUCGAUCGUGUUUAUUUUUUCACAUGAUUAGGAAUCCAAAUAACAAAAGGAAAGGGAAAAUAAAACUCUAAAUUCUUAAAAAUGCUUUUUUGUUUUUGUAAACUAUAUAAAUCACGUUUUGAUAUUUCUUCUGGUAGCUAGGAACGAACGAGUAACGUAGUGUGAGAGGGAUGGACACUCCUCAAGAAUUUCUCAUUGUCUUCUUGAUCAUCGGCUUGAUCAUCACCAUAUUUUCUAACUGUUACAGUGGUACAAGUCCCCCUCCAGCGGGAUUAGUACCUCCCGAGACAAUCCACCAAACUCCACAACCUGAUGAACAAGACAUUGAAACCGGCCGACGUCAGAAGAAAACCCUACUGUACAAAGAUAUCAAAGACAAGGAAGGAGGAGAAGAAGAAGAAAAAGGUGGUAGUAAACGUUUUUGUCCGAUUUGUUUGGAAGAGUACGAGGAUGAUCAUGAGAUGAGGCGAUUGAAAAAGUGUGGACAUGUUUUUCAUCUUUUGUGUAUUGAUUCUUGGCUUAAACGGGAACGAACCUGUCCAAGUUGUCGCCGUUCUGUUGAUUUGAUCAGUUUACUGUCUUAGAUUUCUAGGUUUUUUUUUAUUUAUUUAUUACUUAAGUGAAUAUAGGUUUUGGUUUAGGUAUCAAAUAUUGUUACAUUAAUCAAAUUUC